AUGAGCGGCAAGGGCUGGUGGAACAACGCCCUCUCUGGCCUCGAGUCGCGGCUCGACACUAUCCUGGCAGAAGAUGGCUCUACAGGCCCAAAGCCGGCGGCGACAGACGGCGCAACCAAGACCGACGGCACAGACAAAGCGGCGGGGGUGGACAAGAAGCUGGCGGUGGAAACUGGUGGGUAG